AUGGAAGAACCCCCCUAUGAUUCCAGCCGGCCUAUGCCCGAUAUCGCCGUUGCAUACAGCUACAAACUAUCAAAUUGCCCUGGCAAAAGCAUCAUUGGUGUGCGUGUUUCAUUUCCACCAGACGGCGCAACCCCACCGCACCGACAUGGCAGCUGUUCCGUCUCCGCCUACGUCAUUAGUGGCGCGGUCCAGAACAAGAUGAACAAUGAUCCGAUGAAGAUCAUUGAGACGGGUGGGACUUGGUAUGAAGCUCCGGGUUGUCAUCAUCGCAUUAGCAACAAUGCUAGUAAAACUGAGCCUGCUGUUGUUAUUGCUUCAAUGAUUUUGGAUACGGCUGAGUUUGAACGGGAUGGAAUGGGGGCACUCAUUCAGAUUGACGAGGAGUAUCGUUAG